GCGGCUAGGAAAAGAAAGGCCUCUCCGCGAGCUACUUCUGGCAAAGAGAGAAAACCUUCGAUGCCAGUGGACUUGUCGACUGAUGAAGAUGCGCAGUCUACCGGUCGUAGCGGGCGAGAAAACAAGAGGACCCGAGUGCACUUCUCUUGCGUAGAGUGUCAUCGGAGGAAGCAGAAAUGCGAUAGGAAAGAACCUUGCUCUCAAUGCGUUGCCAGAAAGGUCCCACACCUCUGUCGACCUUUCCUUAAUGGUGUGGAAGAUCCCAAUGCGUCUCACUCAUCCUGUAGAAACAGUGAGGUAGUUUCAAGACUCAAUACCAUCGAAUCUCUUUUGAGCCGGCUAGUCGCUCAAUCCGCCUCUUCCUCGACACCUUCUGCCCCUGCACAGGCCAUACCGGAUGCUGUACUCCCCGACUUAUCAUCCCUCACAACUUCUGGCGAAGAGGUUUUCCACCCCCGAGGUGGUCCAUUCUCACAACCUUCCCGAGAUACAUACUCCAACAAACCUCCUCCAUCCGGUCUCUUCCCGGGUAACCUGUCCAGUAGCACCCCUCCUGGUAGAAGCGGUUUUGGCUGGGGACUGCGAGAAGGCCGUCGCAUCACGUUCAUUCCAGAGGAGAGCAUUGAGUUGCAAAGUAUGCUGCAAACGCUGAAAGAAAGCGGUAUCACCAAAGAGCAUUUGGAAUGGCUAAUAGCUGGGGUGCCGGGACGGAGAAUGGCGGACGGCUUGGUGGAUAUGUAUUUCAAAGACAUCGACUGGACACGGUAUAAGAUGAACAAGGCAUCGUUCUUGAAGCGCUAUAACGCCUUCUUCGAGUCACUCAAUCGUAAUCCUAGCAACCCCAAAAUUGACGCUGAGGCGCUUAAAUGGCUGCCGUUGCUCUUUAUUGUCCUGGCCAUAGCCGUACUCUCCGCUCCAAAGGACAUUGUACGCCCAGAGGACCAAAGUGCGUGGUCUCGACGAUUUUACGGUUCCGCGCGGAGUGGUCUGGAGUACGCCAAAGCUUUGCAAAGAGACAAUUUGGAUGUCCUCUUCGCUGGUCUGCUAGCCUCACGCUACAUGCUGCUCACUCGCCGACCUGCUGAGGGAUCGACUCCUUUAACGACAGCAUUCCAACUUGGACUCUACCGAGACGGCACUGUGCUCAACUUGACCGACAAACGAGAAAUCGAAAUCCGUCGUCGAGCUUGGGCACAGCUGUAUCACCUGGACCGUACCAUAUCUCUUCUUGUCGGCCGACCUGCGGCUAUAUCCGAUGCGCAUACGGACACGAGAAUUCCCGCCAAUCUGGACGAUGACGAGCUGGAAGGGGACUUUGAUCCUGCGGGUCAUCCAUUGACCAGACCGACGGUAUAUACGUAUGUCAUUCUGAGACAUAAAUUGGCUCAAAUUAUGGGACAGAUAGCCCAUCACACUUUCGCUAUACAAUUACCGAAUUAUCAGACCGUCAUCAAAUUGGAUCGGGAAUUACUCGAAUGGCGCGACUCGUUGCCUGGUUUCUUCUCAAUGACGACACCUGAUACGAGCUUUGACAGUGAUCACGCGUAUCUUUUCGUUCAACGGCAUUUGUUAGCUUGUGAAUGGUACUAUGCUCGUAUCACCUUGAACAGACCAUAUCUGCUACGACGGAAAGAUCAGGAUGGAAGAUAUACGUAUUCUAAAACCGCUGCUAUCGAAUCGGCCACUGCGGACUUGCUUAGCAGACGAGCGUUCACCUUGGAGAAGGGCAACGUCGUGGUGAAUAGUGGUGGCUACCGAGUAUUGAACUCGUAUAUGGUUCUAGGGGUAACUAUCAAGCUCGAUCCCGACUCCCCUCAAGCGGACGAGCUCCGACAAUUACUAAACGUCGUUUCCGGUCGUGCCCCAGACGUUCAAGGACGUAUCUCAGAACCUUUAGUAAAAGAAGAACUAGCCAUUGUAGAAUUCUUAACAGCCAAAGGUCCUUCGAAACCUACCAUCCCACGUAAACCACAAGAAGGUGAAGAACAAACUCCCGUAGAUCUAUUACUCAACCUCGCUAAAACAAGGAGUGGUAGACGUGCUGCCGAAGAAGAAAAACGUCAAUUGAGACUACAACAAUAUCGUGAAGUUCAAGAACAACGCCAAAGGUUUAAUUCCAAUGGUCAAAAUUCAAUGAGUUCUCCAUGGGGUUACGUAGCACCCUCAAUGCCAGGAUUAGACGUACAUCAACCUUUUGGAAAUUCUAAAAGAAUUCCAAGACCAUUACAACCUCCUCCACCUAGAAGAUCAGAUGGUACA